AUGGAACCUACAACUGUACAGACGCGACGGUCGGACGCUGACUAUGUGCCCACGCACUUGCGGCAGUAUGUGUUCCAUUCGCAAGAUGAUUUUUACGUCUCUCGUCACUUCGAUCCGUUGCUAGUGAGUCACCUCAUGUACGAAGGUUUCGUGCCGAUUGCCUCGGAAUUUCAAGACACUUGCUUCUUGUUGCCCAAGCUGCACCUUCAGCGCUGCGUGCUGCUAUACAAGCCAAGUACACCCGCACACGUACCAAAGAUCGUUCAAAAGCGCUCAAAGAAAUAUAAAUUUAUACUCAAUCGAGACUUUGAUGGUGUCGUAGCAGGCUGUCACGAGAAACAUGGUAUUCCGUGGUUAUACCCACCAAUUGUGAAGAGUUUUAAAACCUUAUUCCAGGCCGGAGAUGAUGGCAUAGAACUUUAUCCUGGCAGUAAAGUUCGCUUUUUUACAGUAGAGCUUUAUGAUGUCAUUACGGACUCGCUAGUUGCUGGAGAGCUUGGAUAUACUGUCGGCAGCGUCUAUACGAGUUUAACAGGCUUUAGUCGAGAAAAUGGUGCAGGAAGUGUUCAGCUUCAUGCGCUAAGUAAAUUUUUAUAUUUGGCGGGCUUUAAGAUGUGGGAUUUAGGCAUGUCCAUGGAUUAUAAACUGGGACUAGGGGCUAUAAAUUUGGAACGAAACGAGUUCUUAAACGAACUGUACAAACUGCGUCCGCAAGAAGUGCUGAUGAAACUGGAUGAGAGCAAAAAUGAAGGUGAUGUAUGCAAGGGUGUGUUAGUAAGAGCUCUUUUCGACAAUCACCGACUUCCAAAUGGAUGUGUUAAACUGGAUGGAAAAGAGCAAUUGGCUAAAGAGGCUUCCAAGAACGCUAAAGAAGAUUCAGAGUGA